AUGGCCCGUAUCCUCAUAACCGGCUCAUCUGACGGCCUCGGCCUCGCCGCCGCCCAGCGCCUCGUAUCCCAAGGCCACAGCGUUGUACUGCACGCGCGCAACGCGCCGCGCGCCGCCGACGCCACGACCGCCUGUCCCGGUGCAGAAACAGUCGUAACGGGCGACCUAUCCAGCCUGUCUGAAACCAAGGACCUCGCAGCCCAAGUCAACAAGCUGGGUACCUUUGACGCCAUCAUCCACAACGCAGGCCUCUUCCGCGGUCCCGUGCGCAAAACCAGCGAGGGAAUCCCCGCCCUCGCCGCUGUAAAUACAAUCGCGCCGUACGUGCUGACUUGUCUGAUUCAUCGCCCCAAACGACUGGUUUUCCUGUCCUCGGAAAUGCACAAGUAUGCUCAGGCGAAGGAGCUCGAGGAUCCGCUGUGGAAGACGCGCGGAGACGCGGCGUAUAGCGAGAACGCGGCGUAUUGUGCGAGUAAGCUGCACAAUGUCAUGUUUGCAAAGGCGUUUGCGCGCAGGUGGCCAGAGGCUAGGAGUAAUGCGUUGGAUCCCGGGUGGGUGGCUACGAAGAUGGGGGGUAGUUCUGCGCCGGAGAGUAUUGAUGCGGCAGUUGAGAGUUAUGUUAUGCUUUCGGUAGGGGAGGAAGAGGUGGCAGCGAAGAAGAGUGGGCGCUAUUUCCAUCCUAGCAAGCGGGAGGGCAAGCCGCUGGAGGCUGCGGAGGAUGAGAAGGCGCAGGAUAGGUUGUUGGAGGUUUGUGCAGAGUUUUCUGGUGUUGGACUGCCGUGA